AUGUCUAACGAAAUGAACACUCUUGAGCUUGUAGGCCGUCCUGGCGAUGACAUUCCUACCAGUUCCAUUGAGCUUUGGUGUGUACAUGGGGAUUGUGACUACCACUGGCUAAUCACCUAUAUUCAUCGUUCCGGGAACACGACAAGUGUGAGCCGGGAGAAGAACAUCCCAAUGAAGUGGAUUCAAGACAUUCCACGUGAGAAAGCUAUUACCACCAUCAUAUUCCUGGUCAUGUAUAAGUGCCCGGGCCUCAGAAGUCUUGCGUCUCACAUAUGGGUUUCAUUCCAAGAUUGUGACUACAGGUGUACCGAUUUCGUGUUUUUGUUGCUCUGGGACUACAAGCGCCGGGGAUUUAUCGAUGAUACAGAAGACCAAGUGCAAAAUCUCCUGUGUCGAAUGGCUGCAGUGCAGGAAGAACUGUCGGCUAUACCUCGAACAAUUCCGCGGCCCCCUUUCUAA